AUGAAACCAUAUUAUAGGUACGUUUCUCCGAGUGAAGCAUCUUGGAGGAUAUUCUCCUUUCCAAUCCAUGGUAGAAAACCAGUUGUUGAGAGACUGUACUUUCAUUGUGAAGGUCAAAAUUCGGUAUAUUACACUGAUUUUGAUCGUAUCAAUACAGUUUUGAAAAAACCAAGUGUAACUGAAUCGAUGUUUACAUCAUGGUUCGAAGCAAAUUGCAAGUAUCCUGAAGCACAAAAUUUAACUUACAGCAAAUUUGUUUCAAAAUUUGUUUAUGUUAAGAAAAAAAGAGAAUGGAAACCCCGUCAAAAAGGUUACACAAUUGGUAGGCUUAUAUGGGUUCCUCCAACAACUGGCGAAUUGUACUAUCUUAGAUUGAUGUUCACACAUGUCAAAGGCCCCCGCAGUUAUAAUGAUAUAAAAAUAGUGAAUAACGUAAAAUAUGAUACUUUCCGGGAUGCCUGUUUUGCUAUGGGUUUUAUCGGCGAUGAUAGAGAAUUCAUUGCAGCUAUUAAAGAGGCAAAUCAUUGGGGUUCAGGCAGCAUUAACAGGCCAAGACAUGUAUGGAGUAAAACAUGUCAUCUCUUAGCUGAUGGAAUACUAUAUGCUCAACAGCGAAUUGCAAAUAAUAGAGGUUUGAGGUUGUCGGAUGAAGAGAUAAUGAAUUUAACAUUAAUUGAGAUUGAACGAAAUCUUCAAAGGAAGAGCCGAAGUCUAAAGGAAUUUGCUGGAAUGCCUUAUCCAAGUGGAUAUGUGGUUGAGCAGUUGGGAAAUAAACUCAUAUACGAAGAGCGGAGUUACAAUCCAGCCGAACAAUUGCAAGAAUACAAUAAUUUGUUCUUAAAUCUUACAGAUGAGCAAAGAGGUGUAUUCAGGCGAAUAAUGGAAGCAGUAAACAAUCAACAAGGAGGCGUAUUUUUUUUGUAUGGAUACGGUGGCACAGGGAAAACCUACAUGUGGAGAACUCUAGCUUCCUACAUAAGAUCAAAGAAACAAAUUUGUUUAACUGUUGCUUCAUCGGGCAUAGCUUCACUACUACUUCCAGGAAGUCGAACGACUCAUUCAAUGUUCAAGAUUCCAAUACCUACAAUGGAGUCUUCUACAUGUAAUAUCGACAAAGGUAGUGAUCGUGCAGAGCUACUAAAAAUGGCAAAGUUGAUAAUAUGGGAUGAAGCUCCAAUGGACAUAAUGGGGCGUUCCAAUUGUUCUGACAAAUUAUUCGGAGGGAAAGUAAUUGUAUUUGGUGGAGAUUUUCGGCAAAUAUUACCGGUUGUACCAAGGGGCAGCCGUUCAGAUAUAAUACAUUCUACAAUAAAUUCAUCAUACAUCUGGGAUCAUUUUGGCGAUGGGAAAUUGGAAGAACCUAACGAUGGUUACACGGAUAUUCCUAUUCCAAAUGAUUUCUUAAUUUCUAACUAUGAUGAUCCACUAGAAGCCAUUGUUAGUGAAACAUAUCCGAAUUUUCUUAACAAUUACAAGAAUCCAGAAUUUUUGCAAUCAAGAGCUAUAUUGGCAGGAACAAUUGAAACGGUUGACAUCAUAAAUCAAUACGUUUUGGGAUUCAUAUCAGGUGAAGAAAAGGAAUAUUUAAGUUCAGAUUCUGUAGACACUUUUGACGGUGAAGGAAAUGAAGCUUUUGAUGUAUUGACCCCAGAAUUUUUGAAUACACUUACAACUUCCGGUCUACCUAACCACAAGAUUAAAUUGAAGAUUGGGACCCCUAUUAUGUUGCUUCGAAACAUUGAUCAACCUGAAGGUCUCUACAAUGGAACAAGGCUUAUAGUUACAAGAUUGACAAACCACUUUAUCGAGGCAAAGAUUAUAUCUGGAAAGAAUAUUGGAGGGGUUAUCUAUAUUCCAAGAAUGGAUAUGACUCCAACACAAUCUCCGUGGCCAUUCAAAAUGACUAGAAGGCAAUUUCCUAUAACUAUAUGUUAUGCUAUGACAAUUAACAAAUCUCAAGGUCGGUCAUUGGAUUAUGUUGGAUUGUAUUUGCCUAGAAGUGUAUUUAGUCAUGGUCAACUAUAUGUUGCAAUAUCAAGGGUCAAAAGCAAAAAAGGGCUUAAGAUAUUAAUCCAUGACAAGGAUAACCAUCCAUUGAAUUCUACAAUAAACGUCGUGUUCAAAGAAGAUUUUGAAAACUUAUAG